AUGGCCGGGCGUCUUAUAUUGUCGGCUACUUUCCUGUCUACUGUCAUCGCGGCAUCUUUGCCUCUCCAUCUCCACGUGAAGCGUGCUGUGGACUCAGGCCUUGCUAACGUUCACAUUUCAUAUAAUGAAAUCCUUCACUCGCCGGUGGCUUUCACUUACGGCCCUUGUCUGGCCAAGGCUCCAGGAGAGUCCCAUCAUUUAGUCGGUCGCUCCAAGUCGUGCGAUCAUGACCGACUGCUGUGGAAGGUGCCGGAGGACGCGCCUACGGGACAUUGCUUGUCUGCAUGGGAUGACAAACAGAGUCUGGUCGGCCGGAGCGAUCCCAUCGCCAUCGCACCAAACCGCAGGACCACCCGGAGACGUCUGAGGAAGCGACAAGAAGACUUUAGCAUUCCGAUGGACAAUUCAAGUGGCAUCGAUGCCGAGGGGCCCUGGUUCGACGGAGUGGCACUCUUACAGGAUAAGGAGAUUAGUGUGGUCAACGUCCAGGAGGCGAAAUCAAAAGAAAUAGCCAUUGUCGGGGCGGGCAUGGCUGGCUUGAUGACAUGGUUGGCCUUGAACCAAUCGGGCAUGUCGAACUUGAGCUUGAUCGAAGCCAGUCAGCGCUUGGGAGGAAGAGUGCACACAGCUUACUUUGGAGACCCGAGUGAACGGCAGUAUCAAGAAAUGGGCCCCAUGCGAUUUCCCCUCUCCAUUACAUCUUCAGAGACCAACGAGACGCUCCAGAUCCAAGACCACCGUAUCGUGUUUGAUCUUGCUGCAGAGGUCAACCGGUUGAACAGCGACGACGCCAACUUCACCGUCGAUUUUAUCAAGUGGUACCAAACCAGUCCCAACGGCCUUUACUAUGUCAAUGGAGCACGCAAGCCCAACGGCCAAGUCCCGACCGUCUCAGAGAUACGAGCCAACUCCUCACUUCUUGGGCCAUCCUCGUCGCAGGUAGACCCUAAACUAGACGAGCUGACCGACGUCCUCGACAACGUCAUCUCCAAUGAGACUUUCAUCGAACAGGUGGCUAGGAACGUAUACAAGGCACACAAAACCUUCCUCGACCAAGGACUAGGUGGCCUCGGUGGGGAUGAUUGGUCCGAGUUUGCGUACGUCCACAACUAUCUCAACUACGCACUCAACGACACAUUCGUUGGCAUCGGCGACGCUGGCACGGAAGGCUUCUGGGACAAUCUGUACGAGUCCAUGUACUUUGCCGCGACGGACUGGCGGACCAUUGACGGUGGCCUGACCCGUCUACCGUCGGCGUUUCAUCCGCUGGUUGACAGCAUCACCUACAUGAAUCGUAAGAUCCAGCGAGUGCAGUACAACGAUACAACCCAGCGGGUCACCCUGCAGUGGAAAACGGAUCCGCUGGAUCGCACGUUCCAGAACGCCAGCUACGAUCUAGCCGUCGUGACUGUCCCCAUGCCGUUGGUCAGGACGUGGCGGCUGCCCGGAUUUUCGGAGCUCUUGACCACGGCCAUUGACACGUAUCCUUACGAGCAGGUGUGUAAGGUGGCGUUGCAGUUUCAGACGCGCUUCUGGGAGCACUUCGCCCAACCUAUCUACGGAUCAUGCAGCACAACCACCGACAUACCUGGCAUCGGCAGUAUCUGCUAUCCCAGCUACGACAUCAACUCCACCGGGCCGGGGGUAAUGCUUGCCAGCUACACGUCGUCCGACGACGGAUUGCGCUGGGCGUCCAUCCCCGAGGAAGUCCAUGUCAACUAUGUGGUUGACGCCAUGGCUGAAAUCCACGGGCAGGUCGUCUACGACCAGUACACGGGUAACUACAACCGCCGGUGCUGGGUGCUGGACCAGUACGAGACCAUCAGCUGGGCGAGUCCGGAUGUCGGCAUGAGGAAGGCGUUCAUUCCGGCUUUCUUCAAGACGGAGAAAGGGAUCGUCAUGAGUGGCGAGGGUACCAGCUAUACGAGCUCCUGGAUCUCGAGUGCUUUGGAGAGUGGUGUCCGGGCUGCGACACAGGUCUUGCUUGAGCUCGGCUUGGUGGAUGAAGCGAAGGCGGUGGUUGAAAAGUGGAUGGCCCGAUGGAUAGAUGUUUAG